AUGGCGGUAGCUCAUGCCAACCUGGCAACAAGGUGGAACACAUCCCUGGCAAUUGUUUUGCAUGAAACAGUGCGAGCAGAUCGUUGGUGCGUCACUCGAAGAGAUCUCCAAGACCUUAGUAUGGAAGUGCUCAAUGCCAUGCAAAAUGGAAGGAUUGUGACAGAUUCGCAUACACGUUCCACAGUUCAAGUUCCAGUUGAAGAUAGCGAAGAAAGCGAAGAUGACGAAGUAUUUGGACCAAGCAUUUACACUGUCAAUGAACAGUACAUUAAGCCAGUCACAGCUGAAGCGGGCAAGAUGAGCUGGGCUUUGAUGCGAAAUCCAGAUGGCUUGGAUUGCGACCUCUUUGUGAGUCAUGCAUGGCAGGAAGGCAUUUUUGAAUUCCUCUCCAAAGUGUUGAGCUCAUGGCCGCGUGGUGCAAGACACGUGUGGUGUUGCAUGCUGGCCAACCCUCAGAAUCUGAACAUCGGUUCCAUGCUUCAGUCUCCAAAGACAUCACCCUUCGCUUUGGCCUUGCAGGCCUCGCGCUAUGUUUUGGUGGUCCCAAACCGGCACAGAAGCGUAUACACGCGGCUUUGGUGUGGAUACGAAGCCUAUGUUGCAUCGGAGGAUGCAAAGACCAUCCAGAUCGCUACGGCUUCCGCUCUUCGUGCAAAGUACCAAACGUUUGUGAUUUGCGCCGCCCCAGCAUUGUUUGGUUUCUUCAUGGGCAUGAUGGGAAGGGUCCUGAAUUGGGACCUCAGGUUACCCACGGCUUUGUUGACUGCCAGCGCAGCAUUCAUCACUUCCUACAGCGGUCAUCUUCUGCGCCAAACAGCGAAUUACGUGGGUUUGGCUGCUUCGACCUGCUUGGAACUGGGUUGGGAUCCAUUACGCAAUGCUUUGAGAUUUAACGAUUUGCGACCUGAAAUCGAAACCAUCUCGCGACACCUCACGUGGCUGGCAGCCAUCAGUUUUUUCGUCAUCGCUGAACUAGAUCGUGUUGGAAGCGAUCAUAUUGAAAGAGAGGGUCACCUCACCAACUGCGAAAGAAGUAUAGAGGUUCGAUUCGAUUCGCUAGCUGCUCCCAAGAGACUGACAGGACAAAUAUUUGGGAUGAAAUUGGCGACAAAGAACAUGAAGUUGACAAUGCCAUUCACGUGCUAA